AUGGCCCGCUACGGUCUACACGGCUUCCUGCGCUUGAGCCGCCAUAGCGAAGAAUACAGAAAUAUCCUCCAUCUCGUCCGCGGAGUCAUAGUGCAGUGCUUUGAUCUGAAUCUGUCCGUAGGACAGCAAUCUCAGGAGUCUUGGGACUUGUUUUGGGAGGAGAUACAGACCGUGUUCCCGACGCGCAACGAUCCCGAGCGGGUAUCGACCUUGAGGAACCACGUACAUCGAUAUAUCAGGGACGUACGGUGCCGCCCCCGAAGUCUACCGGUUGCCAUUGCAAUAGAGCACCAGGCUGAUAUUGUCGGGGAAUACAAGCAGACAGACAUGCAAAACGAGUGUGGCUCAUGCGGUAUCCCUGCGUCCGCAGCAAGAGGCCGUAUCACUUCACCUCCUGUAACCACUUCUAUGCAGCUCCCAAGAAUGUCCCUCACGUCAAUUCAGCAGGGCCCAAUGACGCGGAGCCGCACCGUGACGGCCUCAAAUUCAAAUUCAAAUUCAAUGACGACCCCAGAAAAUAUAAGUAUCAUAUCACAAGAGGACCUAACGCCCGAGUAUCCGCCCCCGCGAAGAUGCCUGGUCCCGCCCCAGCCCCAGGAAUACCAGACAUACGAAAUGUGCAUAGUCGCACUGGCUGACGCCGUUCUACCCAGGGUCGAGUCGCCUGCUCCGCCAUUUGCACGUUGGGGCGGGACGAACGUGUGUGCUCCAUCGACUCCAAGCCCGCCUCCUGAAUAUCCCUCUCCCGCGCUACCCAAUGCAUACGCCUGCGACUGCGACUGCGCCUCCACGCCAGGCGCACCAACCGAAGGACCUGCUCCGGAUACAGGGCCAGCAUGCAGUGAAACAGAAUCCCAGCCUCCCCCGGGCAGCCACUCCCCCGACGUCUACGCCUUCCUGCGCUCCUGCGUCCCCGAAAUGACGCACCUGCUCCCGCUGUUCGUGCACGACCUCGGUAUCAAGAACGCACAAUCCCUCUCCGCACUCGUCAAAUGGCCGUCUCAGUCCCAGAAUCAGUAUUUUCUGAACCUGAUACGCGACGGAAAGGUGAAUGCCAGUGAAUCGGACGUCAUCAGGAGACGGCUCUGUGAGAUGCGAACUGAAUAG